AUGCACGGCGAGCUAGGAAACAAGCUCGUCCAACACGCCAAACGCACCCUCGCCCUCCCCGCCCUGCCGGCCUACCAGACCGAACUCAUCCGCAGCAUCGUGCUCGAAGUCCGCGACCUAGACCGCGACGUCACGCGCCUGCUCGCCCCCUUCACCACGACAGUCUACGACGACGAUGGCGCGGCUGCCACGCAAAACACAUUCGCGCCGGUAGAGCACCCGGCCACGGCGUGCGCGCUGCUCGUCGACCACCUGAGCAUGCGGCGCAAUAAGCGGUGUCUACUGGCGUAUCAUCGCGUGAGGGCCGAGAAGUUGGAAAGUAUGGUUUGGGAGGGGAGGGAGUUGGAUGUGGGGGCAGGUCAAGAAGGGGAAAAGGAGAGGGAGAGGGAACAGAUGUCUCCGGCGGCGGGAACCCAAAAUUCCGUGUCCCCGGAGGAGGCGUCGUAUUUUCACGCGUACUCGGAUUUCCUGGGCCAGUAUAAAGCGCAGUGGACGGAUGUGGAUCUCACGGGCAGUUUGGAGCCGCCGAGAGAUCUGUUCAUCGACGUGCGCGUGCUCAAGGAUGCUGGGGAGAUACAGACGGAGUAUGGGGCCAUCAAUCUGACGAAGAAUAGCCAGUUCUUUGUCAGGAAGGGGGAUGUCGAGAGAUUGAUCCAGGCUGGGUUCUUAAUGAGGUUGACUUAA